GAUGCCGAUGCCGGCCGAAUACCACGAGGGCCACGGUAACCACGAGAACGCCAAUUUCGCUCUCGGGACCACGCAGGACGCCAACAACAUGACGGCCAACAUGUACCGGGUGGGAGAUUACGUGUAUUUUGAGACUUCCACCUCGUCGCCGUAUCAGAUUAGGAGGAUAGAAGAAUUAAAUAAGACCGCGAACGGGAAUGUGGAAGCAAAAGUCAUGUGUUUCUUCAGGCGGAGGGAUUUGCCGACUACCUUAGUUAUGCUAGCAGACAAACAUCAAUUGGCAAGCGCGGAGCAGCAGAGGUCAGAAUCCCCUGCGAGUACACAGAAUCAGAAACUCGAGAAUCCCGACACUACUAAGGAAAUGACUAAUAAAGAUGGUAUCGGGCCCAAAGUGAUGAUCAAAGGGGGCGGGAAAGGGGGCUGGCUGAAGGCCCCAUUAUCAGAGGCCCAAGAGCCCCAUGGGAUGGAAGAAGGUGUUCCUGGAGGAGUAACAGAAUUAAGUUCUAAGCAACGUCACCAAAUGAAACACAGAGAGCUGUUUUUAUCGCGACAAGUGGAGACUAUGCCGGCUACGCACAUCAGAGGCAAAUGCUGUGUUACGUUAUUAAAUGAAACGGAAUCCUUGACGAGCUAUCUAAAUAAAGAGGAUUCAUUUUUUUAUUGUUUAGUAUUUGAUCCUGCUCAGCGUACUUUGCUUGCUGAUAAAGGCGAAAUUAGAGUAGGUAAUAGAUAUCAAGCAACAGAAAUACCGGCGGUAUUGACAAUGUCAGAAAGAGAAGCGGAUACUCGCAGAUUACAAGACUUGGAGACUUUAGUUUGGACUCCGAAACACAAUUUGACAGAUCGUCAGAUUGAUCAAUUCCUCGUCGUUAGCAGAUCAGUAGGCACCUUCGCGAGAGCCUUAGACUGUUCAUCCUCCAUUAAGCAGCCCUCCUUGCACAUGUCCGCAGCUGCUGCAUCUAGAGACAUUACUCUGUUUCACGCGAUGGACACAUUGCACCUGCAUGACUACGAUUUAUCGAAUGCCUUAGCGUCUCUAGUACCUAGUACGGGUCCCGUAUUGUGUCGAGAUGAGAUGGAGGAAUGGAGCGCAUCCGAGGCGAAUCUGUUCGAAGAAGCGCUCGAAAAAUAUGGAAAGGACUUUGCGGACAUACGAGCGGACUUUUUACCAUGGAAAACGUUGAAGAACGUAAUUGAGUAUUAUUACAUGUGGAAAACGACGGAUCGGUACGUUCAACAGAAAAGAGUGAAAGCUGUAGAAGCGGAGAGUAAGCUGAAGCAAGUUUACAUACCGAAUUAUAACAAAACCCCUACAUCGACAACCGCUCCUUCCACCGCUACGAUUGUACCUCUGGGUAAUAGUAAUAGCAACAGUAAUGGAAAGCCAAUCAGUGUUUUGAACGGUAACAGUAAUGGCAGCAUGGUGGGUGAUAAUUCCGGAAUACUUAUGGUUGGAGUGGGUGGGAGACCUUGCGAGAGUUGUCAGGCCCUUCAGAGUCCACAGUGGUUCACCUGGGGACCGACGCAAAUGCAAUAUCGUCUCUGUCAAGCUUGUUGGACAUAUUGGAAGAAGUAUGGAGGACUCAAGGUGCCGUCGCGCAUAGACGACGUCGAUCUUGACAGGAAACGCGCCGGCGCCGGUUCGGACGAAGAGAGCAAGGGGAUGGGCGGCGCGCACAGGCCGCAUCGAUGUAGCAUUCCCUCCUGUGGCAAGGAGUUCAAACUGAAAGCUCACUUGAGCCGUCACUACGCGAGCGCGCAUGGAGUGGAUCUGCGCGGCACCGCCGGAAGCGGCGGCGGCGGCGGCGGCGGAUCGCCGCGGCCGGUCAUGAAGACCCGGUCCGCGUUCUACCUGCGCACCUCCUUGCUAGCGCGCGCUGCGCGACGUCUGUGCGCCGCACAAUUGCGCACACGUCACGCCGCGCGAGCGCCCCAUCAGCCGGUGAAUGCCGCGCCGUUGCGGCACCUAUGCGCCCAGCUGGCAUCUAAAACACCUACGGAAAUAUGUAUCCUUGCACGCACCGUACGACCUCGGCCGCGUCCUCAAGUGAUCGACAUCGCCUCGCGCCUAGGGGAUCAUCCAGCACCUCGGCAGCCUGGUGAUUGGGACUGGUUGACACUAACUGCCCCAGCACAACGCAAACAGCCCGAACGAGUCUCAUUUCCACGUCCGCCUAAGGCACCCGACGGCAGUCUUUUGUACGAGAGGGUACCAAAUAAACCUGAAGUGGACAGGCUCACAUUGACGCCACCCCAGCCCCAGCCUGUCAUGUCGACCCAACAGAAUAUCUUGAAACGCCCAAGAUCAUUCGAUGAAAUUAACGGUUCAGAUGGUAUCGCUCUGAACACCGGACUUCCUUCUGGUGCACCGUCUGCAAAAAGAGCUCAUCAUCCGCAGCAACUGCAUCCGAAGCAUACGCUGGAACAUCCCGCGCCCGCAGUUCUUCCUCUCGCGCCGCCUCUUAACGGCAGAGCCUCUCAUCCGUUGCCUCACGGUCCGCCGUUGUCCAGAAGUAACGCACGUAAGCAAGUCAUGUCGUGGAUGGACGCACCCGAUGAUGUCUACUUCCGUGCCACCGAACAGAUCAAAAGAGCUAGAAGAGCUCUGUCUUCGGUGGAGUUACGAAGAGCAGCGCGCAAACCAUGGCGCAGAAUGUCGCUCCCCCUGAAUCCGCUUCACCUCCAAAGAGCAGGUCGCCAAGACGAAAUGGUUGUCAUCUUGGAUUGAAUUCGCAUAAAUAAGAUGAACACAAGCGAAUAUUGUAUGUCGGUUCGCUAAUUGCGAGGCAUGACUCUGUUAACGUAAUCUUUAACAAGUGAAACUACAUUUAGUGGAAAGGUCACAGUUUCGUGUAUUAUCAUCAGCAGCUCCGAUGGAUCAAACAACAAUCAUUAACUUAAAAA